GCACUGCCACACCCGGGGGCGCAAGGAGCUGCAGCCCUUGCCCUCGCACCCCCUCUCGUGCCUUCAGCUGCGCGCGGUCAGAGCCCGGGACGGUUUCGCUCGUCUCGAGCCGAGUCUUUUCCUUUAAAUUGCGUCAUCUGGGUAUUUCCGCGCUCUCGAGGCCGUGCGGCUUCUCGUUCACGGCUCGUGGGUGGCGGCAGGGGAGGUGAAAGUGUAAAGGCUAAGCUAACUAGCUACACGGAGAAAAUAACGAAUUGCUUAUAAACAGGCGCUUGCGGCGGCGAGGGGAGCGCGAAAGGGCCUGUCUUUUCGUUCGUGAUCGAAGACACAGAGAUUACUUGCGUUCAAGUUAACCGAGGAAAAUAAAAGCAAAGAAAUGGAUGGAACAUUUAAUUGGACUACUAACAAGGGGCCCCCCUUCAUCGAGAUCAUCGAGCAGCCCAAGCAGAGGGGCAUGCGUUUCCGCUACAAGUGCGAAGGCCGCUCAGCUGGCAGCAUCCCGGGCGAGAAGAGCAAUGACAGCACCAAGACGCAUCCCGCCAUUAAGAUCCACAAUUACAAUGGGCCCAUCCGCGUGCGCAUCUCUCUGGUGACUAAGAACGUGCCGUACAAGCCACACCCCCACGAGCUGGUAGGCAAGGACUGCAAGCAUGGCUACUAUGAGGCCGACCUGCAGGAGCGGCGCGUGCACAGCUUUCAGAACCUGGGCAUCCAGUGCGUGAAGAAGAAGGAUGUGGCGGAGGCCAUUUCCUACAGGCUGAUCACGUUCAACAACCCGUUCAGCGUUAAAGAAGCCGACAUCUGGGCGGAUGAGUACGACCUGAACACGGUGCGGCUGUGUUUCCAGGCCUCGAUCCCCCUGCCCACUGGGGAGCACUGUGCUCUUCAGCCUGUCGUUUCUGAGCCCAUCUACGACAAUCGAGCCCCGAACACGGCCGAGCUGAAGAUCUGCAGGGUGAACAGGAACUCGGGGAGCUGCCGGGGCGGAGAUGAGAUCUUCCUGCUGUGUGACAAAGUUCAGAAAGAGGAUAUCGAGGUGCGCUUCUUCCGGGACUCCUGGGAGGGCAAGGGCUCCUUCUCGCAGGCGGACGUGCACCGGCAAGUGGCCAUCGUGUUCCGCACGCCGCCCUACAGCAGCACCGACCUCAGCAAUCCCAUCCCGGUGAAGAUGCAGCUGCGGCGGCCGUCCGACGGGGAGGUCAGCGAGCCCGUGGACUUCCAGUACCUGCCGGCAGAACCCGAUGAGUACCGGCUGAUGGAGAAGAGGAAGCGGACAGAGGGAAUGUUCCAGAACCUGAAGCUUGGCCCGCUGCUGCCAGGUCCUACACCUACUGAGAGACGGCCCAUGAACACCGCCAAGAGGACGGUGACGGUCUCCAAGCCCCCGGCCACCAUGAUGCAGCCAGUGGCCAAACCAGGACCCCCCAUGCUGCCCAGUACCUACGUCAAACCCGAGAUCCUCUUUGGGUCCCAACCAAUGCAGCUCUUUUCCCCCAUGUGUAAGCAGGGGGCAGCGGUGACGGUGGCCACCCCCGUCCCCCCCAGCAGCUGGCAGUUUGCUUCCCAGUCUAAACCCACCCCAUUGGAUAAUUUCCUGGCUUCUGCAUCUGCCACCUCGCAGUCUCAGGACUGUCCCACCGUCAACCUGUCGGACCUCUACGACUACCCCUUUCCGGAAUUAUCUUCUGCGAAGGACUUGGACGCCAAGACCAAUGGGCAGUUCGGAAGCAGAGAUGGUGGGUCGGGGCCCUCGGAGGUGUCCGCAUCGGUGUCCGGCCUGGCGGGUCUCCCCGACACCCACUUCAGGGUAGAUCACGGGCUAUGCGACGACGAGCUCCCCGAGUUCCCCAGCUUCUCGGAAAUCCAGACUGGUAACCUGGACAGCAUCAAUCCUGAUGAUAUCCAGGCUCUGCUGGGUCAGACGGGGAUGCCGGACGACAGCGGGCAGGGGUCCGAACUGCCGGGAGCCUCCGGCUUGAACCAGGUGGAUGCGUCGUCCAACCCCAUGGGCACCAGCAGCACGUGGAUGAAUUACCCAAACAGCAUCAUCAGCCUGCUGCAGAACGAAGGCAUGAUGGUGCACACGAACACCCCGAGUCUGCCCGUGCUGGAGGACCUGGACAACCUCAGCUCCAUGGAUGAUGACCGACUCAUGUCCAUCUUGAACAGCAGCAACCAAGCCAGCUUCAUGUCUGGGCUCCCCCCAUAAACUCCCGUGAUUCACUCCCUCCCUCCUUCCUACAGAAACCCUGGCUGCACUCCUUUCUCCUCCAUCCCCGAGUGACCAUUUCGUAUUUCCCCCAGACUCCCGGUGACACGGGGGCGGUGAUGCCACUGAUGCCUUGUGUGGCUGUGGGCAUUUCUGCAGGCCCACAGGGCCGGGCUUUGCGUGGCUGCACUGACGUGGACACCUUCUGCAGGAGUGAGACGGGGAAGACAACCGGGGAACGCUGUUCUUCCUGAAAAAUGACAGCUUAUGGGCCUCAUAUGACUGGGGUUCUGGGUUCGAUUCCCUGUGCAGUUUUUCAUUUUCUCCCGGUUUUCUCUUCGCUCAUGGUCGCAUCCCACAGUCCGGAGACAUGCCUUCAGAAGUACAGCAGCCCUAAACUGUGCUGGUCCUGCGCCAGUCUAAGUGCUCUGUGAUGGAGUAACCUGCCUCUCAAGGUGCACCCUGACACAUUCCCCGUACUUCCAGGGGAAACCUAUGGAUCACCCGCACCCCAAGCGGAUAGAUUUGUGUAGCUGUUAUCCAUUAAUUAUGUCUCCGAAACUCUGCUCCCUCACCAGGCCUGAUGUAUCUUGGGUAUGUCUCUGCGGUAAAUGAAAGGCCUCGCUUCCAAUGAUCUCAUGAAGGACAUAUAUUACUGACAUUUAAUAUUUAUUCCUGUUUAAUGGUUGUUAUAAACUGAUGUUUACUGCACCAACAUGUAUGUCGCGCUAAAGCAGGGAUGGGAGCCUAUUCCAUGGAGGGCCAGUAUGGGUGCGGCUUUUUGGAACGAUAUGUCAGUCUGCCAAUAAUUAAACAGUGGUUCUGAACUCCAGUCCUGUUAUUGGCUGAUUGAGCGGCCAUCCCAAAAUCCCGCCCCCUGCACUGGUCCUCCGUGGAUCAGGCUCCCCACCCUGUGCGAAAGGGAAGUUUGGGGAGGGGGGGGGGUACCUCAUCAGCUGUGCCUCUGUAGCUCUGUACAGUUUCUUUAAAAACUUAAACAGAUUGAUAGCAAAAUUACUUGUAAAUUCAAAUCUGUCAGUAAGCAGUAAGCACCACAGAAUGAUUAUGUACAUAUAUAUAUAUAUUUUUAAGAAAAUUAGUUGAAUGUGCCUUUAAAUUGCAAAAUAUUCAUUUAUAUUCGGGGAAUGAUUUGAUAAACGCACCAGAAGGAUAUAUUUACUGGUUUACUGCUAGUGACGUGGUAACUUGGCUUAGCAAUGUGUUCCACAUUUUUGUCAGAAAAGGGCAUUUGUACUGACUGAGACCCUGCUUUUGUUUACCCAGGUUUAGUAUUGAACCCGACCAGCAGGCGUUUAGUGGGUAAGAUCAGGCAGGGACGGCCGGCCGGCAUCAUGCUCUGGUGUCUACCCUAGAGGGUGCAGAGGAUACGCCGCUUAAAGGCGUGUAUCCAGGAGAAAAUCUCGGCAGCCUGCUCUGCAAAGUUUGUGAAUUUGUAUUUCAGUUUUUCUGUAGCCGCAAUGACUGUCAUGAAUGUAACAAAUGUUAGGCGUCAGCGAAAACAUUAUACUGCUGUCACCAUUCAAAAGGCUUACAGUGGUCUUAUGUAGUCUGUAGUUAUCUGCACUUUUACUAUGUUAUGAACUGUCAAAUAUAUGAACAAUAUUUUACAUAAUUAAAAAUUAUAACUUCAAUAUGAGUAAAUUCUGUUCCCGUUACUAGCGUUGACUUUAAGUUCUCCUAUAAUCCACCUUGACCUUACUGUCGGAAACAUACAGCUUCCGAUACGUUUUAAUGGCUUUGUGUGAAUAGGAUGUCCUUAAACGUUAAAUGAGACUCGGGUGUUGCAGGUCCCUCCCAUAGGCUGAGGCCACUGGGGUUUAGGUGGAUGGGCGUGAUAGUCUGACUAUCAUGUGAUCGACCGGCAUCCUGUGAUCGCGUGACCUUGACCCAGCUGCAUGGAAGAUGGAUGGAUAAAGAUGCUUUGAUUUAACAAAUACGUUGAAUAAAACGUUACUUUGAUCGAGGAAUAAGGUGGUUCUUUUGCUGAAGUUUGUGCCGGCAGGCUUUCACCCUAUAAAGCUUUUCCCACUCAAUUGUU